UCCUCUUUCUGGCAGACAGCAAGAGCAACUAACCAGCAAGAGACACUGACCAUGACUGGAAAGUUCAAGGAAUUCAUUGAAAAGCUUAUUACAAAAGAACCCUAACUAGUUAUGCGCUCUCUCAUAUCUAUGUAAAUACAUAAGUUUACAUCUAUGUAAACGCAUAGGUUUACAACUGGUAGCUUAACUCAGCUGACGGCUCAAAUGUUGAUACUGGGUUUGGACAAGCCAAUGGGCAGCCAACCCGUGGCCAGGCAGGGCCCACAGGUACAGCCGUUGGCCCUCUAGGCCCCAACGGCUCUCCAAUAACUGGAGAAGGAACAACAGAGGGAUGAGGGCUGCCAUCACCCCUCACAGCUCUGCAGACCCUGCCCAUCCCACCCAGUGCCCUUGGUCGGACAUCACAGCUACGGAGAUGGACAAAGGAUACCAACCACAGAUGGAUGGGCGAAACAGAAUGCUGAAAGAACAAUUAGUGUCUCAUCUACGUUUUGAUGCAGAGAGGUCAGAGGUGCUGCUUAUGGCAAAAGGCAGAUGUAUCAUGUGUGGGCUGGCUGGCAUCAGGAGAAAGGACAGCAGUGAACUGCCAUCUCCAGUAGAGAAGUACUCCAUUCUUAACACGGCAGUUUAUAGAGCAAGAACAGAAACUAAGCACAAAGCAGAAAUAAAUGAAGAAGGUGGUGUGUGUUCUAGUGAAGUACUUUCAAAAAAACAUAAGGAUGAAAGAGAAAAAUCUGUUUGUCAGCCCUUGGGAGGGUCUGACAAUGGGGCAAUGGAGCCGAAGAGGAGCAUUGCAAAAGUGGCAUCCACAACCUCAGAGGACAAUAGUGGUACAUCACCUUCUUCAACUCUAUAUGAUAGAAGCACUGAAAUACAGAAGUCUUCUUUGGAACCAAGUUGCCUUAAAAAGGCUUGUGAGCAGCCAAAUGUUGAAUGUUCUCUGAAGAAGCCUAUAAGAGCAGAAGUUUAUUCAUAUGAUGAAACAGAGCCAACAGAUGAUGACAUUAUAAUGCACAUUUUGAGGCUUCGUGGCAAACUUGGCUGGCAAACAAAGUUACCACCCUGUGAGCAUUUAGCUAGAGAGGCUGAUGUGGCCAGGCUUCAGAAGUUCGCACUUACGAGACCUUUACUGCCAAGAGAUAGUGGUGAAUAUAUAUAUUGUUUUCAAAAAUACAAAAACAAUCUUCGAGUUCCCUAUAACCCAUACAAUUUACAGGCUAUCUCUACAAAUACAGCUAUGCACAGCAAAGAAUAUUGGACUGUUACAGCAUCAUUCGUGUCUAAGUUUCAUGUAAACCAGAAAUUAGGAGAAAUGGAGGCCACACCAGUACCACAAUGGCUGCGUGAAAGACAUCUGUAUUACAGGUUACUCAACUUGAAUUUAUUUUCCAAUUUCAGAAUGAAGAAAUUCCUUCUGCACUGGAAAAUCAAUGCUGGAAGAAGCAAGGCGAACAGGAGCAAAUCAGUCUGAAUGCAGGUGGCUGUACAUGUGAAAAGAAUUAAAGAAUCCUCUGAUGCACACUUUAUCAAUGUAUAUCUUCUUUUCCUUAAAUGCUUGAUGAAGCAAAAAAUCCACAACGUUAUAAACAUGCUAGAAUACCUGCUGAUAACAGCAUCAAAGACUUGCUCUAGUAUUUUUUUAAACUUUUAUGCUGUGAAGGAGCCUGGAAUUUUAAUCUGGAGAAAAAUGAGCUUUAAAGUGAUGUUUGUCUAGUGUCUUGUAGGAUUCUGAGCUGUGAUUUUCAGCAAUAGAAAAUAAUAAUUACUGCGUUGUUCUUUAGUAAAAUGAGAGUGGAUGCACCAAAUCUAUGCUAAAUAUGGGGUGAAUGAUGGAAUUCUGUCCAUAUAUUAAGUGAGUAAACAAAACCCUGUCACACUACACCUUUUCUCUUUAAGACUUCCAUUACCGGUGUAUAAAUGAUACUUGUGUUUGCUGACAAAAAAGACAUUAUUUAUUCUUCACAUGAGAUUUUUUUUUUCCCCUUUUCAUGAAAAUGUAUCCUCUAGUUAGAAUUAUUCUCAUAACUUUUUAGUUAGUCCUUGUCUUAUGAGGAGACUUUUUCUGGAGCUUAUAUCAAUAUGAUAAACUUUGUGCUAAGUGCAUAUGGAUUCGAUCUUUCACUCAUAUCCCAAGCAGGGACCUGGAAAGGGCUGAUGUCCUUUCUCUUCCACUAGAACCACAAAGUGAGAAAGAUAUAGACCAUCAAGUAAUACUUUGUCAAAAUGUAAAGUUAUUGAGAUGGGAAAGGUACCAAAAUAAAUAGGGGAUAUAAAAGCGUAAUACCCAAGA